AUGAAUGGUAAACCCUCUGAAUAUUCUCAUCGGCUAUGAAUUAUAUUAUUUUGAAACUGAUUUUCCUCUACGGAAUAACUUACUUUGUCGUGUCCAGUAAACAAUAUGAAUUUCGUAUAGCUUGGAUGGCUCCGAGUCAGGAAUACUAUAACUUAAGCGCUUCCUCCAGUGUCGGGGCAUUUAAAGUUGCCCUAACUGCCAUAAGUCAAACCCCUGAUUCAUCGGAAGCAAAACUCCAGAAUUCCACAAUAAAAGUAAAGUGGUACGAUACAGACUGCAACGAAAAAACGGCCCUAGGUGCUGUUUUAGAAGCAAGAGAAACAUUUAAUCCUAAUAUCUUUUUUGGACCACCAUGCCCUGCUAGUCUUAGAGGAGUUGCUCUAUUAGCGGCACACUGGAAUAUACCAAUAUUUGACUGGGUUUCACAAGGUAUAGAAUUUCAAGAUCAGAAGAAGUAUUCAACUUUGGUACGCUUCCUGGGACCUCUAUCUCGCUUUCGGUAG